UGUUAUUUAUCUUUAAAAUUUAGGUGAGCUAUACAUUCAAAAUCGAUUUGAUGUCUGAUGUGGGUGGUUAUUGAGGUUUUUCUGUGUUCUAUUAUGGCAAACUUCAGUUUAUGCUGAAUUUUUGUAUCCUGUUUUCUUUCUUGCCAUGACUUCACCCAGAUAAGAUCACCUCAUUCUUAAUGCUGACUGACUUGCCCAUGAAAUUUACUGGAAAUUCGUUCCAUCUCUUUCUCCUGUUGAAGUCUGGCAAUCGCAUGGGAUCUCAGAAGUUAACUUGUGGUGUCAAAAAUCUUCAAUGAGCCUUUUUGCUCAGAAAAACAUUUGUUACCAUAAUUUAGAGGAAAACAUGUGGAAUGACAGAAUAGCCUCCAGGGAUUUGGCAAUUGGAAUAAUCUUCAUAUCUCAGACUAUAGUUGGAAUCCUGGGCAAUUUCUCUCUUCUUUACCAUUAUCUUUUUCUGUACUACACUGAAGGUAGGCUGAGACCUACAGAUUUGAUUCUCAAGCACCUGGUUUUAGCCAAUGCCUUGAUCGUUCUCUCUAAAGGAGUGCCCCAGACCAUGGCAGCCUUUGGGUUGAAACAUUUCUUCAGUGAUUCCGGAUGCAGAUUUCUUUUGUAUGUUCAGAGAGUGGGCAGGGGCGUGUCCAUCAGCACCACUUGCCUCUUGAGUGUGUUCCAGGCCGUCACGAUCAGCCCCGUGAACUCUUGCUGGAAGGAUCUUAAAGUUAAAGCCCCAAAGUACAUUGGCUUCUCCAUUUCCCUCUGCUGGAUCUUGUACAUAUUUGUAAAUUUAACUUUUCCAAUGUAUGUGUUGUCUCUGUCUGGCAGAUGGGGGAGCAAAAAUACCAGAUUGAAAAAAGAAUUGAGACACUGUUCCUAUAUAGAUGAUGUAGAAAUCGUAGCUUCACUGUAUGCAGCCUUGAUAACCUUCCCAGAAAUUUCGUUUACUGGGCUCAUGCUCUGGGCCAGCGGCUCCAUGGUGCUCAUCCUGCACAGGCACAAGCAGCGGGUCCGGCACAUUCACAGCACUAAUGUCUCCCCCAGGUCCUCUGCCGAGUCCAGAGCCACCCAGGGCAUCCUAGUCCUGGGGAGCACCUUUGUGUGUUUUCACUUCCUCUCGUCCACCUUUCAUGUUUGUGUUGCUCUUUUUCACAAUCCCAGUUGGUGGUUAGUGAACAUGACUGCCCUAAUUUCUGUGUGUUUUCCAACUCUCAGCCCCUAUCUGCUCAUGAGACAAGACUCUUCUAGUUCCAGGCUCUGCUUAAUGUGGAUAAGGAACAUGAAAUCCCCUCAUCUUUCCAGAAACAUGUAGACUCUAUGUCUUUGUACAAUACUCAGUUGUUUAUUGAGUUGUCAUGCUCGAGUGUUGAUACAGAUCUGGGAACAGCCACACGUCUUUGUGACAUAGACCCUGACGGGUGGCAGCAUUUCCCCAGCUGGGUCGAAUGGGGCAUGCACGGGCAUAGCUGGGGGAAGGACACAGCCUGGCCUGGGUCUGCCGCCUGGUACCCUGGGGACAGUUGUCCUCAUCAAGGGGUUACUUGAGGCAGAGUGGAUGGAGUUGGUCCUAGUUCCUCAUGCAUCAGUCAGAGUGGUUUUGACCCAGUGGUGUACUUAGAAGAAUUUGCCAGAAGUGAAGAAGGAGUGCUCAGUAUUGUCAUGGGAUAAUUCCCCUUGGGUUUCUCUUUAUGUACCUGUCUUAUUGGCAGGUUCAUGGAAAACUUUUGCUCGGGACUGUUUUUCAUAGGCCGUUUUUCACUGUUUGUAUAACAAAGAAGUGCCUUGAAAGAGAAUGUCAUCGUUCAGGACAGUAGACAGUUGAAUUUGCUGUACAAGAAAAUAAGGGAAAAGGAUUUCAGCGAUCUGGGCAGUUUAGCCUGAAAAGUAGUCCACUGGUCCUCAGCCAACAUACAGUAGAGUCCUGAGACCUAGUGAAUUGGAAAAUCCUCUAAGGUUCACAGGGUUUCUGGGUUAUCCAAGAGCUCCAGCCACCAUGCCAUGUCCUACCCUCCAGAAAUGCUGGUUGCCAGUGAAUUAGGAAAGUCAUUGCUUAAAAACUGUCGUACUGGUGAGGUUAAGCUAAAACUGGAGGCAGAGGCUGCUUCAAUGUUUUCCCGCAGUGACCUUGCUUCAUUCAGAUGGCUCCUCUCUCAUUCCUGGGGAUGGGCCCACCUGAGCCCGGGCUGGGCACCCGGGGCUGGUUCCCUCCUGGGCUCUCUGUCUGCUGUCUGCGUGGGGCAGGUUCCAGCAGCAACAUCCUCCCAGACUGGGGACCUGGGACCCCAUGGAAAGGAGCGGUCAGAGGUAACACUCAGGCGUCCCGGCAUGGAAAAGGCAGACCCUCUCCUGUGCAUCAGGCCUUGAGGGCUGCCCGAACAGCACCCAGUACUCUGAGCGGCUGAACCAACAGACUUUAUUUUUUUCACAGUUCUGGAGGCUAGAAGUCUGACAUGGAGGUUCAGCAGGUUUGGCUUCCUGUGAAUCGCCUCCUCAGCUUGUGGGCAGCCACCCUCUCACUGUGUCCUCUUGACACAUCGUGUGUUUUCUGUGUGUGCAUAGGUCUGUGCUUCUCUGUGUCUCCAAAUUUCCUCUUAUAAUGACACCAGUCACAGUAGAUCAGGACCCACCAUACUGGCCUCAUUUCAACUUAGUCCCCCCCUUAAAGGCCCUUUCCAAAAUAUAGUUGCCUUCUGAGAUACUGGGAUUAAGACAUUCAGCCUAUCAAUUUGGGGUAACAGGGUUCAGCCCACAGCAGACAGCUCUCUGGGUCCCCCAAAUCCAUGUCCUCAUCACGGGCAGAAUGCCAAUUCCCCCCAUCCCAAGAGCCCAAGACACACGCUAAUCAGCUCUAGAUCUGUAAUCUUAUCUGCACAUCU